AUGAGUGGCUACAGAGAUUCAUAUUUCCAGUACCACCAUCUAUUAGAAUCACACCAAGUGUUAUACAAUGAAUGGAAUGAAGAUGAGUUCCCACCACCUGAUGAGCAAGAGAUAAAUCACAAUUACAAUAGUAGUGCGCACGAUGAAGGAAAUGGAUCAAAUCGACCUGAAGAAACUGGAGAACCCUCUACAAAGACAAGCAAAGUAAGUGGCAAUAGUACUAACGUGUAUUGGGAUUAUUUUCAUGAUGAAGAGGAUUGGAAUCUCUUCAAAAACGUUCAAUUGGAGAGCAAUGGUAUUGCUACCUUUAACCAGCCGGCGAAUCAUAGGGCGAACACUUCGAAUGAUGACAAUGGCUCAGGCGAGACAGCAAGCUCCAUUACAGGGUCAAUUUUCAAUCACAGAAUUACCAAGCAAGCUAUAAAGCAUAAUAACGAUUGGAACGAUUUGUCUUUACCGAGACCAUAA